AUGUCAAAUAAAUUGUAUCUUUCUGAAGUGCUUUUACACUACAUGAAUGUUAUGUAUUUAAGAGCAACCUGAUCAAAUUACAUAAAACAUACUUAAUUGGUUACAAUAAGGCGCAGUGUCACGUGUUGCGCAUGCGCCUUGAUUAACUGAACUUCCGGUGGCGCCAGACGACAUGUGGACGUCACAGUAGCAAGGAACAUAUUUGAAUUAUUCCUACAAGGUAAGAUAUUUUAUAUAUCUAUAAAUGAUUCGACUUUAUUAUUAUUACUUACUGGUAAUCAUUUAAUCGAUGCUUGAUCUAGUUAAACUUUAACGUUAUAUUUUUCGGAUUCCCCAUUUUAAAACGAGUAAGUUAACUGUUAAGUAAACUGUUUUUUUCAAUACGUACUGCCGAUUGACUGUCUAUUAUUUAUGUAUCUAGGCAGGUACGCAUAUAUGAUUAUGAUUAAAAAAAUUAUAACUUACAAAAAAUUAAAGCUUCGUUAUAUCGAUGUUUUUUUGCAUUAUGCCAAAACAUUGCACUCACGAAACGCAGUAUAACGAUCGUAUAUAAGAGUUGAAUAUAUUUGAAAGUAUAUACCAUAUCUCAUUGAAACAAAUCUCUUAUAAAAUACUUUGAUGUACGGUCCGCUGUGUGUGCUUCGUUUUAACAACUUCCAGAGGUUGCGUUAGACUUCUAUGGUCAUAAAAGUUCCGUCAUAAUUACUUUAACUAACACUUUACUUUCAUUUUCAUAACAAGUCGUUUGACUGAUCCUUAAUGACACAGAAGUACCGCGAGAGCGAUUUGAGAGUUGUGCUCUUACAGCUGUCUCGCGGUACUUGACGUCAUAAGAUGAUGGUUCUGCGCAUCGCUGGUUAACGCCACCACUGAGCUUUGUCAUCUCGACGUACUUUGUUAGAAAUAUCUUUUGCACGUAUUCAGAAAUUUUCUACAAGGACGUAAUGCGCGCAUUCGCGUUAUAUGCAUGCAAACGUGUUCAGGAUUUUGCGUUUAAACAAGUCCUUGAAGUGGGGAAUCCACGACUCCAUUAAGUGAAACAGUCGUUCUUUUAAUGUUGUGUAAAAGAAAUCUAAUAUGUCGUUUUACUAUUGCAGAGACCCCAUUAAUGUCAUUUUUCCUGCAUAUUUUGACGACGUUUGGGACAAUCACUUACUUAAGAUACCCCAUUAGUGUCAUUAUUCCAGCAUAUUUUGACUACGUUUGGGACAAUCACUCACUUAAGAUAAACGCUGAAUUCAUGCGGAUAACAACAGUGCCACUCCUGACCAAGUUCUUUGGGCAGCUGGAUAGAUACACUGCAAACCUGCAUAAGGUUUUCAAAAGCAAAGGAGGUGCUUCUGGACAGAAGAUAUCACGCAUAGUGGCAAUUGCUGACAAGCGUGAUGACAUACACCUCAAACGAGACUGUGUCAUAAAGAGUCUGUGUGUUUAUCUCAAUGAAGACAUCACAACACUCGUGAAAGAAUUCAUGGACUGCAACCCUGUAGAAGCUAAGAGAGGAAUUUCUGAGACUACUCUCGGGAUUUAUGCGAUCCGUAGAGAAGGUGCUGGUGCUGAGGAGAAUCUAGGGGAUGUUGUGGUAGUGAUAGAAGGUGUGAUGCUGCUUCAACGCUUGAAGAGUAUUUCCUUUGGAGUAGUGAUCCUGUUCAGACUGAUCUACGCUCUCAACUUAAGCUACCCUAAGAGCCUCAAAUUCACGUUUGAAUUCUUCCAGAAGGUACUGAUGAAUUUGGAUGGCAACAAGCUUUCCCCCAAAGUUCUAUAAGGACAUUUGAAAACUUGUGAACUUUUGGAUUUGUUCUACAAACUGAUGACGAUGAUGCCCCUUGCUGUAGCUCUGAUACUCUUG